CCGUAAAAGAGCCGAGUCGAGUUACACUCGUUAGCUUAACGAGCUGAACCGAGUCAACUCGGUAUCCAGCCCUAGUUUUGGCUUGCAAUCACCAUCCGGAGACACCUCCAAUUUGGCAGUUUUGAAAUGAAGGCAAGGAGGCAAGGACCAACUGGCAACGCCCGUUCCGUUCUGCUGUACGCCGCCGCCGCCGCCAGGUCCAGUCCAACCAAGUAACCAACCAGACCAACGCACGCAGCGCUCCACUGGCCGGCAAGCGUACAAAAAAAGAUACCGUCCCGUCCAGCUCUCCGUUCCCGUCCUCCUCGUUGUUUUGUUCCGUUUCCCCCCUUGCCUCGCUCGUCGCGUACAGCUGGACGCCUCCUUUCUCGCUGCGGGCUGUUGCCUUGCCUCCGUCCCCUCCCCUCGUCGCCUCCGACUCCACCUCCCCUCCCCGGUCUCUGAGAGAGGGAGCCCGGACCCGGAGACCGCCAGCAAGCGCGAGGCAGAGGAGGAGCAUGGCGGCCCCGCCGUCGAGGUCGCGGGGCGACUACGACCACCUGAUUAAGCUCCUGCUCAUCGGCGACAGCGGAGUUGGAAAGAGUUGCUUGCUGCUGCGGUUCUCUGAUGACACAUUCACGACAAGUUUUAUCACCACCAUCGGCAUUGAUUUCAAGGUUAGGACGGUCGAGCUCGAUGGAAAGCGUGUAAAAUUACAAAUUUGGGACACUGCUGGUCAAGAACGUUUCCGAACAAUUACCACUGACAUUAGGAACUGGAUUCGCAACAUAGAGCAGCACGCAUCUGAUAAUGUCAACAAGAUCUUGGUGGGCAACAAGGUCGAUAUGGAUGCGAAGCGGGUGGUCUCCACAGCUCAAGGUCAGAAGCUCGCAGAUGAAUACGGGAUCAAGUUUUUCGAGACGAGUGCGAAAACGAACCGAAAUGUGGAGCAGGUAUUCUUCGCCAUGGCAAGGGACGUGAAGCAAAGGCUCACCGAGACCGUUGCCGCUGCGGCUGAGCCCCCGACCAUUCAGAUUAGCAGGCCAGACCCCGACCAGGCUGACGCAGCCUCCUCGCGGCGGUGGUCGUCGUCCUGCUGUAACACCUGAUCUGGCGACUGCCGUGGCGAAAUCAAGCAGCGUGAAUCUUGAUGCGCGUGACUGGACUGCUAGGUUACUGAUUGUCGCAUGUGUUCACUUUCAUUCCGGUGCCGUGCCAAGCCAAGCCGGGAUGUAUAAAUUUCGCUGUCUAGUAUUCACCUCAAUCAAUGUGUUAACUCCCGCUGCUUCGCACGUCACGUCGUUUGUUUGUUGAGAGCAAAACGUGUGUGGGGCAGAUAAAAAAAAAAGCCCUGGUGGGUUUGCUCCUGUCACGUACUAAACAGAACGUGUCUGAUGAUUGUGUCGACGGUGGAACUUGGAAGCGUGCUUGUCUCACUA